UUUGGUCUGGAUAAAAGAUGCCACCACCAUCGGUCGGAGAUGUGUUGUUGCUGUUUGUGACGCCAUUUUACUAACCUUUUAGGCGGGGAAGUGUUUUAGAAAAUAGGAUUAUAACAAUAUGCUGCCGAAUAUUGCGGUGUAAAUGCAGUAAACGUAAUCUGCAGAUCAUAAUUGAUGAUGAGUGGCGAGUAAAUUUUCUCUGAAAACUGAAAGAGUGCGUGUGUUUGUAACGAAAUACUGAACGUAAUGUGCCAGUGAAGUAAGAAGGGAACCGUGGAAAGCGUGUUUAAAAUUGUUUCUUCCUGUUGUUGACUCUCGCAGUGUGACUCGCAGUACACUGCAUACUACCCAAGUCGUGUUUCUGAGGUCUGAAAUAAUUUUGUCAGAGUAUAGAUGGACGUGCGAGUGAAAGUUGUGUAGUCAUACAUACCUAACAUCACAUAGCAAAUUUUCCUUUGUGCUUGAUAAUGCAGUAGGAUUGUUGCUACCAUAGCGGACUCAAAAGGAUAUGCUUUUUUGUUGGAUAGAAGAAAUUGUUUCGUGGAGUGAGAAAGUAAUUCGUAUUAAAGAGAAUGACUGUAAGAUGAAUACGACUGGAAUAUUUGAUUGCGGCCUAUGAACCUUAUCUUGGCGAUUAUGGAGAGCACUGAAAUGCCAGAAUUUUUGCACAGAGGUAGCAUGGAUGAUGGCAAUAGUGACGCAGCUGGUCUGAGGGCUGUCUCAGAUGAUGAAUCUCUCCCUGUUGAGGAUUCUAACAGGGAUAUCUCUUUGAGGAAAAAUGCCUUUGAACAGAAGUGUGGUAUUAAUGUAAUUAUGCAUACAGAUGACAAUAACAGUGACAGUGAAAUAUCUACUAGUAAUUUCUCUCCACACAAUGAAGUUGUAAAUGGAGUUUCGGAACUAUCAAAAGAUGGAAUAUCAGAAGAAGAAUCUAAAGAUGCCCAUUUUAAUGUAGAGCCAAGAAAUGGAAUGAACAAAGAUGAGGAUUCUAUUGAUGAUUUUUGUGAUGUUGGUGCAGAGUUCUCUUCGCAAGAUUUUGUUCCAAAAUCUCUAGGAUUGAAAGAUGAAAUAUCAGAAAGUGAGGAUGGUGUUGAUGGCGAUGGUGAUGGUCCUAUUGUUGCUUUAAAGUACACUGUUUCAGAUGAAGCAACAGGUGAUGGUCUGGAUGAAGAUAGUAGUAAUCCAAAAAUAAAUGUAAUUCAAGAAAAUGCAGUGACAAAUGAGCAGGACAAGAUGGGAAAGAAAUUGUGUUCCAGUGAGGCAUCAAAAAGUGGAUUGUGUGAUGAUUAUUGCGCUGAUGGUGGUGAUGAAAAUAAUGACUGUCAAAGGAGGAAUAAGACAGAAAAGACCAUAAAACCUUCAGUUGUAGAAGACUAUCUCUCAGAUGAAAAUUCAUCAGACAAAGAAACUUCUAAAGUUGUCUCUGAUGACGAAAGUGGUGGAGGCAAAUUAGAAGACGGACAGUUUAGAGGAAUAUCCAGUGAGACUUCUUCUGAAGAUGAGACUGCCAAGGGAGGUACAUCUGCAGAUGGAAAAUUACACGAAAUUGAGAGGGAUACUUCUGAAGAUGAUGAUCCUAAAGAGGCUAUACGAGAAGGUAAACAGCUAAAAGAAAUCUCAGAAGACAAUUCUUCUGAAGGUGGAUCUGCUGUUGGAGACACAUUAGAUGAUGAUUAUGGCACCGAAAAAUGUAAUGCACCUUCUGAACACAAUAAUGAUGAAAUUUCAGAAGAUGAGAGCAUAAAAAGCAAUUUCGGAGUAAGAGAAGAUUCCUUGGAGAGGAAAACUUUGUCUUAUGGUGACUUGCAGCGCAGUUCUGCAGAAGAGUAUGAAAAGAGUGAUGCUUCAGGUAAUGAGAGUGAUGGUGAUUCAUCAGAUUAUUCCAGCCCCCACGAGAAUGAUUCCUAUGGCUUUGACGAGCAUGUCAAACCCUCAGGAGACGAACAUAUUUCUUCAUCCGACAGUGAAUCAUUUGAUAAAGCUUCUAUGAUAGAUUCUGAAGAGAAGUCUUCUCGUAGUCAUGACUUCAAACAUCAAACAACAGAGUGUAGUUUGUCUCCAAACAGACAUAAAUAUAUGGAUGUCAGGAAAGACAAAACUGAAACUUUUAGUGAAGAUUCAUAUGAUGAUAAAGCUGUGAACAGUGGUUCAGAAGAUGUAAAAUCCCACAUGCAUCUUUCACAGGAUGGGAGUUGUGAGGCAAAUGAUGGGGAGACUGAAACAAAUAAUGGUGAAUGUAGGAGAGGCAUUCAGGCAACAGUUGCUGCUGAAGAUGAGAGUUCAAACCUGGUAACCACUGAUAACAUGAGAGAACAAAUAAGACGAAAUGAAAGGGGCACAUUUCAGACAGACACAGAAAUGAUGUGUUGUUCCUCCACUGUAGGUAACAAAGGGGAUGAGAAUUAUAUUGAUAUGUCUCCUUCUAAUAAAGAUAAAAAAUGUGAAAUUUCAGAAGAGGAAGGCUCUGAAGUUGCAGCUAACCUUGGCGAAGAAUCAAAGACUUUAUCUGAGACAGAGCUCCUUGGUGAGAGUGUACUUGAAUGUGAAGAUAAGGAAGAAGCACCAGGUUUAAAAGAAGAAAGAAGCAUGGGAAAUCAGACUUAUGAAAAUGUUUUAAAGGAAAAUAUGUGUGAAAAUUCCUUCACCAGAAAACCAGAAAAUGAAAAUGAUAAUUGUCAGAUCAGUUAUGAAGGAAAGUCAUUAAAGCCUGAAGAUGAAUCAGUAAAAUUAGAAGAUUUUAACUGUCUUUCCAAAGAUAAAUCUUCAGAACAUGAACAAUUGAAACAUGAAGACAACAGAACUAGUAGUGAUAGUGAAGAAAAUAAUGUACAAGGGAAGGGUACUGAUGGAACUGGAGAUACAUUGUCUUCUGUAUUUAAUGUUUCAGAUGAUGACAGAAACACAGACAGCCCUUGUCAGAUUUUGGACGAUAAUGAACAGAAGGAUGCAGGUUUGGAAGGUCUUAAUCUGUCAAUUGUACCACAGGAUAAUCAUUCAGAUGACGGAUGUAGUUCACAGGUUCAAGUGGAAAAUAUUAAAAAUGUUGCAUGGAAUGAUGAUGGUGGUGAUCUGUUUAGCUCUGGUGUUGAGUCUGUGGCAAAUAAUGAGUCAGACAACAGCGUCAGAAAUUUAGCAUCCCUUGAUGAGAUAUGCGAGACGAACCCCUCAGAAGAUAUCAAUGUAGGUGAACACAAAAGAAAAGAAAAAGGUGAAAUUAUUGAUGAUAAUGACAAACUGUUCGAACGACAAAAAGAGACUAAAAGAGAUGCAGUUCAAGAGCAUGGAGAGGAAUGCGAAACAACUCAAAGUUUAGUUUAUGUUGAAAGCAAGGAAAGUGAUACAGGAAGUAGAGAAACUCAGAAUAGGGAAGUUAAUUUUAAAGGAAGUAAUAGUAAUGCUCUGUCUGACUUGCAAAUGGAAUCACUGUGUACUGAAAGCAGCAGAACCAUUUCACUUGAAGAAAAAGCAGCAAGGGUUCUGUCCCGCAGUCAGCAUGAUAGUUUGGUAACUGACAAGGAGACAAUAUUUGUUGAAGAUAGUGUUGCUGUGGCAUUAGAUCAUCAUCAAAUGCCAUCUACAUCUCACUUAGCAGUUUCUGAUUUGAAAGAUAAAGCUGAUGUGGGGGAAAUGGAUUCUGGCCUUAUAUAUUCUGAGACGUGUGAAUCUGAAGCUGAUAAUUCACAGAGAAAUUUAUUAGGAAAUGAUAAGCCAGGAAAUUAUUCUGCCGAUAGCACUGGCAAUAUAUCUUAUGAGACAGAUGAAUCUGAUGCAGAUGAAUCAAAGAAAAGUUUAUUAGGAAGUGAUAACCUAGAAAAUGUGCCUGAAGUUGUGCCUCCAAACACAAUUGAAAGGAAAGUGGAACACUUUGUCCCUAUUAAAUCAAAUACUCCAGAUCAUAUGAAAAAUGAUGACACAGUUAAUGACAGGAAGUUUUGUUCAGACAACACUAAAUUAGAGGAUGCCAGACAGGAAGAAGAGAAAGAGGAGCAGCAUGUGCAGGAGGAGGAGGAGGAAGAGGAGGAGGAGCAGGAGCAGGUGGACAAGGAGGAACAGGUUGAGGUUGAGGACGAGAAGCAGGUUGAGGAGGAGAAGCAGAUUGCAGGGGAGGAGCAGCAGAUUGCAGGGGAGGAGCAGCAGAUUGCAGGGGAGGAGCAGCAGAUUGCAGGGGAGGAGCAGCAGAUUGCAGGGGAGGAGCAGCAGAUUGCAGGGGAGGAGCAGCAGAUUGCAGGGGAGGAGCAGCAGAUUGCAGGGGAGGAGCAGCAGAUUGCAGGGGAGGAGCAGCAGAUUGCAGGGGAGGAGCAGCAGAUUGCAGGGGAGGAGCAGCAGAUUGCAGGGGAGGAGCAGCAGAUUGCAGGGGAGGAGCAGCAGAUUGCAGGGGAGGAGCAGCAGAUUGCAGGGGAGGAGCAGCAGAUUGCAGGGGAGGAGGAGCAGGUUGCCGAGGAGGAGCAGGUUGCCGAGGAGGAGCAGGUUGCCGAGGAGGAGCAGGUUGCCGAGGAGGAGCAGGUUGCCGAGGAGGAGCAGAUUGCCGAGGAGGAGCAGAUUGCCGAGGAGGAGCAGAUUGCCGAGAAGGAGCAAGUGGAGGAGGAGCAGCUGGAGGAGGAACAGCUGGAGGAGGAGGAGGAGCAGCUGGAGAAGCAGCAGGUGGAUGAGGAACAGGCAGAGGAGGAGCAGGCGGAGAAGCAGCAGGUGGAUGAGGAGCAGGCAGAGGAGGAGCAGCUGGGGGAAGAGCAGGCGGAGGAGGAGCAGGCGGAGGAGGAGCAGGCAGAGGAGGAGCAGGCAGAGGAGGAGCAGCUGGAGGAAGAGCAGGCGGAGGAGGAGCAGGCAGAGGAGGAGCAGCUGGAGGAAGAGCAGGCGGAGAAGCAGCAGGUGGAUGAGGAGCAGCUGGAGGAAGAGCAGGCAGAGAAGCAGCAGGCAGAGAAGCAGCAGGCGGAGGAGGGGCAGGCGGAGGAGGGGCAGGCGGAGGAGGAGCAGCUGGAGGAAGAGCAGGAGGAAAAGCAGCAGGUGGAUAAGGAGCAGGUGGAGGAUGUGAAGGAGGAGCAGAAGGUGGUGGUGAUGGUGGAGGAGGAGGAGGAGAUAAGAAAUGAAGAAACAAAGGUUGGAGAUGAGCCAGCUGCCACUACCCAUCACGAAUGUGACAGUGUAUCAAAUUCAUGUCCUCAGAAUCCUGUGGAAGAGUCUGUACAGAAGGAUUUUAUCCCUCACACUUCUAAAGACAAUUUAUCUCAUGAGGAAAUGUCACCCUGCACAGAGAUUUCAACUGAUCCUGCACAUGAAACAUCUGGUCUUCGUGUUGAAUGUGAAGGAGAAUUAAUCCAAGAAGAGAGUACAAAUGUAAAUGAAAAAAUAAUUAUUGGACAAAUUUCAAAGGAUACGGCUUCCCACUCUGCUGGUGAAAAAUCAGAAAAUGUUGACAUUUGUCAAAAGCGUUCCAAAGAUGAAACAAUAGAUCACAUUGAGGAUGCGAAAGUAAGAGAAAGUGAGGAAACUAUAUCAGUAAAAAAUGGAAAUGGGCUAGAAAUAGCAGCUGAAAAUGUAGCUAGUGAGUACUUAACUGGAGUCCAUGAUAUAUCAGCUGAUGUGGGCAUUCAAUCAGAAUGUGCUGAAAAGCCAACUAAAAUAGAAUUACCAUUGACUAAUGGCACCGAUUGUCAGCAAAUGGUAGAAGGUGAUGCUAUGGAGACAUGUGAUUUAACAGAUACGCACACAGAACAGAGAAAGUCACACCAGGGAAAUAUAGUGAAUGAUAUACAGUCAGAACAAAUAGUGAAGAAGGCCAGCAUAUUGGAAAAUGAAAGUGCAAGUGAUUAUGUGUCUCAUGGAGACCAAGUAAAUAAUGAUUCGAGAAAGCGGAAACUGUCUUCGUCACCAGAAGAUGAGCCCAUUUUGAAAGAGGGUUGCAGUCUUCAGUUUAAAGGCUUUAAGAAACGUAUACUAGCACAAGCUUCCUUGGAAGUAGCUGAUGAACAGAUGCACCACCAGCAACAGACACUACCAAAGCCUGAAGAGCUGCAGCCAGACUUGGUAGAUUCGUUUAGCACUCCACUCACAGAGUACGCACAAUAUCUUGGAUUGCAGCCAAUUGUAAAGUUCAAAUGUUAUCUCUGUGGAGAAACUGGCUUUCCAUCGAUCUUGUCGUUACAGGAGCACCAGUGUAGCUGUCUAAAGACCUCAGGAACAAGACCAGUCCUCCAGCAGCCUGCAGUACCAGACAUGGUAACAGCAGAAGGGGAGUGUCCUACUGUGGGAAUGGCAGCAGCUACAGCUGCAGACCCAGCUGAUGUUUCUGGAACACCUUCAACAAACUUUAGAAUCUCACGCAAAGUGUAUCUCUGCUCUGUCUGUGGUACAUACUACGAAAAUUGGAAUCUUUUUCUUCAUAUGAAGGAGAUGCACCGGCGAUUCAUCUGCCUUUUCUGCUUGGCAAUGUUUACUGAUGCUGGAAUGUUGGCCAGCCAUCUCUCUGGAGAGCAUUCAGUGACUGAUCGCUUGUAUGACACACAGGAAGGUUUUCGUGCAGAAAUCGCAGAUGAAGCAUGCUUUCUUGUCUGUUGUGAUUGUGAAAGAAUUUUUGCUCAUACUGAUAAUUUCUAUGAGCAUGUUUGCCCGACACCACCAUCUGUUGAAAAACACCUGCAGCACCAGCAACCACAAGACCCAAAACAGCUGCAGAAGCAUCGGCGACAACAACAAAAACAGAAGCAACUUGAACAAAGUAACCAGCAUAUACAAGGAAUGUGUUCUCUGUGUGGAUUACGUGGAGCUCACUUUCCAACAUGCCGCCGGGCUUCAUCCAACAGUAAUGCCCUUACUACUCUUGUGGAUGGUUCUGGGGCUGUUACGGAACUAUCACCUCUAGAUGGUGAGCAUCAGUCAGAGAGACAACCAGUUACAAAGACAGACACAAUAAGGAAACGCUCUGGGAAGGGGAAAGUUACUUCAAAGACACUUCCAAGUGGAGACGUUGAAGCAGAAGCAGAUGGAGAUGAAGAUUAUGAUAUUAGUCAUGCAGCAAGUUUCUGUCAGAUCAACAUUCAUGAAACACCAGCAGAUAAACCUAAAGCUUCUGACCAAAGCUCAUCAUUGACACCAGUGCCAAAGAUGACACUUAAGACAAAAAAUAUAACCACAGCUGUUCUUUCAAAUAACAGUGUCACAAAGAAAAAUUUUGUGUCAGUGGUGAAGCAAGAAUCUGAUACAUCUGGAAUUCACCGUAAAUUAGAAGAGACUCCUGCUGUACCAGAGUCCCAAAGACCAAAAAAGACUACAGAAUCUACAACAGUGGCAAACAUCAAGUCAGGAAAGCGUGGUGCGUCCUGUUCACCUGUGCCUACAUCAGAAGGGAAGAAACCGAAAUUCGAUCAGUUAAAAGAUCAAAUAAAGGAACCUGGUGAAGGCACUGAGGAACCUCGAGUCCAAACUUCGAGUCCAGUCCCAGAGUCAGAUAGCUCAAGCAGCCACAGCCAAGACUCUGAUCGUUUGCACAUAAAUACACAGGAAUCAGAAAGUGUUGACGGGCAAAGUUGUGCAGAUGAAGAUGAUGCAGCAAUGAAAGAUGCAGCAAAGGACCCUGAAGCCACUGAUGCAGAUAGAACAGAAGAAAAUUCAUCUUCUGAGAAACAGCUGACACCUGCAACUACAAAAACUGAACAUCCAAGGCAUAGAAUUUCUGAAUCUGACUCUGAAUCUUCAGGAUCACCAAAUGACAUUCCGAGCCACAAGAGUGAAGACUCAAGCUCCAGUUCAGAUGCAGAAGGGGUGUCUUCGAGUGAAGAAAGAAAACAAGACAUACCUCCAGAAGCUGAAACCAAGCAGAAAUCUGAAGAUAUGUCAGAUGAUGGGGGAGGAACGGCCGAAGAACCUGAGUCAGGUGGUGAGGAAAGUAGUAAAGAUUCACCUGCACUUGUUGUAGAUGAAGAAGCUGCUGAUGGUAAGAAGGAUAGUGGGAGUGGAACUAGUCAGCCCACCACAAUAGCUGAAGGUGGUGAAAUUCAGGUUGCUGGAGAUGAUGUCCCUGCUCUUGAGCUAACCUUGGAAGAACAACCUGAAGCUAUGACCUUACAAGCACUUGUGAAAGAAUGUGUGAGAGUGUCCUGCAACUCCUGUGUGUUCUGCAAUCAUGCAAAGAAAAUUGCAGUAAAUGGUUCACAACUCGCCCUCCAUUUACUUGCUGAGCACCGUUUUGAGCCAGUUGUUUGUACAGAUACAGCUGACCUGAAACCAGUACCUGCUGAUGGAUUCACAGCAAGGCUUAAAGAGGCUGUGCAUAAUCUCCGUGAAGCAUUCUUCAAUACUGAUUCAUAUGAUAGUACAGCUGAACCGUCAGAAGCAUCAACUGCUGAGCAGGGUGAUAGUUCUCAUGUUUAUGACCGUAGCUAUGAGUGUUUCCACUGUCAUUUUGUUACAACAUUACACAAAGAGUUAUAUGUCCAUAAUCGUAAAAUGCAUCAAAAAACAAUAUUACUUUGUGUUAUGUGCAAAUCAAACUUCUAUAGCUAUAGUGAACUAUUGUGCCACAUAUGCCCCGGUUUAUAUGCACCUGAUGCUGAUAUCUCAUUCCGCUGCUGUCUUUGCUCAGUAGACAAGUUACCUUCAGCUUUUCGAUUGAUGGUGCAUCUUCGGAAGCGUCAUCAUGCGUGUGAUGUCUGUUUGGAGGCGACAGGUGACCAACAACGUCUCUCAAACCACGUUUGGAAACACAAGCUUCACCACUUGUGCUAUAGGUGUGGAAUUGCAUACAGAAAUAAACCUGAUAUCACCAAGCAUCUAUUUUGGAAGCAUGGUACUGAGAGUGUGCUUUGCAAGAAGUGCUUGCAAAAAAAAUGGCCUCAUGUAUACCAUUUCUGCAUUCCUCCAACAGCAUUUAACUGUGAAGAAUGUGGUACUAGCUUUGCGCGAGCAGUUGCACUGAAGGUACAUCGUCGUCUGCAUUCUGGUGAUCGCCCUUAUACUUGUGAAGACUGUUCGGAUUCUUUUAUUUCACGCAAAUUACUGGCUCGACACCGGCGUCUAAAACAUGCACCACCUGAACCGUUACCUCCACUGCCAUCAUCACUGGAGAAUAAUGCUAUUACACACAGUGAGCGAGAAUUUCCAGCUACAUUAGAUGCAGAGGACAGCUCCAUUAGAGAUGCUGAAACAGAUAAAAAUCAGUCAUCAUUGGAAAACAAAACGUCAGUUAAUUUAGAUAAAAGAACUGAUAACCAAAUGUCUGGCCCUGGAGAAAAAGAAAGUGAUGUUGCAGUAAAGAAAAACAAGGUUAUGGAUGUAUAUGAUCUUCCGCCAUUGAAUCUCUCUUCGGACAGUGAUGAUUCGGAUGAACCAAAUACCAAAGAUAGCAAAACUGUGACGCCUCCUCCUGCUGCUGUUUCUACUCCAGAGGUGAAAGAUUCUGAAACAGAAGGAAAACCUGAGCCACCAGUUUCUGACAAUGUUGUGGGUGAAGAGGAGGAACCAGCCCCUGUGCAAAUAAUUGAUGGUAUCUGGGAUAAUUUUAAAAACUACAAAGCAAGUCUCGAGCGCAAAGAACAAGAAGCAGCAGCUGUUGCGACGGGGUCAUACAGCACUUCGCAUGCCAUUGAAGUAAUUAUGUCAGAUCAUGACUAUUGUGUGGUUAGCAAGCCCAGUAACUUAGGAAGUGUAGAUGAUAUUGGGUCUGUUGAUGAUGCAUCUAUUGGUGGUUUAACAAGUGGAGAAGGACCCAAUGUGAGUGAUAAGACAAUAGAGGGAGAUAAAGAUUCAGGAUCAAAUACAGACAGUUCACCUGAAACUAUGGAAGCCACAGACAACGGAAAUAGAUCAAAGGUUGUAGCGGCUGACAGUGGAUCUGCAGUGCCCACUAAUGUUGGAAGAUUAAGAGUAUUAGCAGGCACUGAGAAAACAUUAACACAAUUAUCAGACACAGGAAGGUUACCUGGAGGGACAACAGAGGCCACCUUGUCAGUUGCAUCCGGAACCCCGCCACAACCCAGCAACCCAUCUACCACUGCAUCCUCUAAGAAGCGGACAAAACAGGCACGUAAGCGGCAGAAACGUGAAGGGGCUAGUUCGUCGUCUAGUUCCUCCAGUAGUGAUAGUGAUUCAUCUAGCUGUAGUUGUGGAACAAACUGUAGUUGUAGCAGCAGCAGUUCAAGCAGCUCAGGUUCUUCUUCAAGCAGUUCAGACUCGGAUAGUUCGACAUCAGAAGGACGUAGACGACAGGCUGCGAGACGAGAGAGGCGGCGUGAGAGGGCACGGAAGAAAGCUGCUGCUGCUGCUGCUGCUGCUGCUACUGCAGCAGCAGCUGCAGCUACAGCUGCAACAGCAGCAGCCACUGUGGCUGCUACUUCUGGUGAAGCAACAGCUGAAGUGAGCAGAACCCCAACUGCAAAUUCUGUACCAGUUGCACCAUGUGACACAGAACGAGAACAUGCAGAUGGCGUAAUUCAUGAGUCUGAUCUCGACACGGAUGAGACUGAGACAGAUGAGGAUUUCUACGACCAGCAUCCUCAGCGACAAGCCAAUAGACUACUUGCUGAGAAAAGAAACCGCUUGAUGUUACUGGCAGCUGUUGCUCCAGCCAGCAAUGGAACUGCUCAGUUGGCACAACAACUACAAGAACUGAAUCAGCAACAGCAGCAGCAUCAGCAUCAAGAACAGCAUCAGUACCAGAGGCAAGAAGAGGUACAGCAGCAGCAGCAACACCACCACCACCAUCACCACCACCAACAACAACAACAAGAUGACCAACAGCAGAUACAGCAAGUGCCACCACAGCAGACAUUGCAACAGAUGCAGCCACAACAACAUGUAAGAAUAGGGUCUGGUACUGUUUCAGGAGAUUCAAGGAAAGUCAGGACCAGGAAAAGGAAGCGUGCUGUGCUUGCAGAUGCGAGAACAGGGUCAACGUCUUUAGCUGCCAGUUCAGAGAUGGCUGUGCGACCUUUGGGUACAUUGCCAUCGACCACAUAUCGGGACUCAUCUGGUGUUGUCACUCAGACUCCUAUAUCUGAUAGCACUUCUGUAACGUCUACAACUUCUGCAGUUCGGACAACUGGAGGCAGUGGUUCAGAGGGUGAAAAUAAAAGACUGUCAAAGAGGCGACGUGUACCAAAGCGCUUCUAUGGAGAUUCUAGUGAUGAGGACGGGGAGACACCUGUGACACCACAACCAAAAUGGCGUAAGACUGGUAGUAGUGGUGGUGGUGGUGGUGGUGGUGUUGGUGGUAGCAGUGCAUCUGUUGUUUCCGUUGGUGCCCCACAUACGCCAUCUCAUGUACCUGAACCACCGCAUCUUCCAAUCAGACAACAGGUAACAUUACCAUCAGCAGCUGCCCUUUUGUCUUCUGCUCGAAGUGUUGCUGCAGGAAGACGACCUGUCGAGACAAUGGGUCACAGUACCUCAUCAAGCUCCUCUUCAUCUUCAGGAAGUGACGAUGCAGACUCCAAUUAUGAGAGUGCUUCAGAUGGUGGAGGUGGAGGUGGUGGUGGAGGGGGUGGCAGUGGCAGUGCAGUUGGUGCUGGUGUAGGUAGUGUGACAGUUGCAAGAACAGGUGGCACUGCAGGAGCAGAGGUGGAAAACUCAGGAAAUAAGAGUGAGAACUUAUACUGUUAUUGUCAGUGUCCGUAUGAUGAGGUUUCUGAAAUGAUUGCUUGUGAUGGCAAAGACUGUCAAAUUGAAUGGUUUCACUUUGAGUGUGUGGGAAUUAUGGUACCACCUAAAGGAAAAUGGUUUUGCCCUGACUGUCGUAAGAAAUCAUCUGCCUCAAGAAGUGGUGAAUACUUGCUGCAUGCGUAGGUUUUGUGUGACAACUGAUAAAGAUUGCUUGUCUUAGAUUUGCCUGAAGUGGACCAAUUCGGGCAAGCUAAUAUUGUUGUGCAUCUGAUUUAUAUAGACUGUGUGUGUGUGUGUGUGUGUGUGUGUGUGUGUGUGUUGUGUUGUAUUGUAUUGUAUUGUAUUGAAUGUAUGUAGUCAUGAGUGGGUGUUUUUCAGCUGGAAUUUGAUGAUGCAUUUUCCAGAAAGUGGAUGGAAGUCCAAAAAGUUUUGUUAUAUACAGUAGUGUCUCAGCUAUCUGUCAUCUUGUAAAUAAUUUUAGUGUUUCUAUGUCGGAUCAAAUUUUGUUUGUUUCUUUUUUGUCCUGUCUUCAUCAAAUGUUGCAGUAUUCAGUGAGUUAAAAUGAAAUUUACAGGAAUGUGUAUAUUUUAUUGAAAUGAUAAUUAAGGAUCUGACAAAUUUCCUCGUAUAUUGAGAUCAGCGUUUUUCCACUGCGUUAAGAGAAAGGAUGAAUUCAUUGUGAUAUUAUGUAUGUUCAUGUGAACACUAUUUAAAUAAUAUAAAACAUGCUUUACUGUUAACUGUGUGUAUACAAGUAUUUUUAUUUUAAAUAUUAGUCAGAAAACUUUUAUUAGUUAAGCAAGAAACUAUGCCAGAAAAUAUGAUAUGUAGAAAACACUGUACAUAUUGAAUACUUAAAUACCAUUAAUGUUGAUGUAGGUAAUAAAAAUGGUAUAUUGUAAACAUUUUAAUUAUACUGUUUAAAUCACAGAGUAAAAAGUUUUAAUAUAUA